AUGGCCGAAAAAGAUCUCUUUACUUUAAGCAAGGUUUUCUACUAUGUUCGUGGAAAGUAUUAUAAUCAAGCAUAUAUAACAGCAAAUGAAGCUUUGAAACGCUAUGUUAACGAUGGCUUAUUGAAGUUCUAUUCUGCAGUAGCCCAACUUAUGAAUGGACGUUUAAACGAGUCAAUGCGUGAAUUGGAACAACUACGUAGCAGACCAGAGUUAACCGUUGCUGCACUUCUAGCAUUAAUUCAUGCUCAUAAACAGCAUAAAAAUCCAGAUCGUGAAGCAAUAAGUGAAUAUGAAGUCAAAGUCAAAGAAUUACGUAAACAAGUGGAUGAUAUGGCAUUGUUUUUUGCUGCGCAUACACUGUACAUUAUCGGUAAACCGGAGAAAGCGACCGAGUACAUUGAUCGAGCAACCAAACAAAACGCAUCGAACGCUUUGGCUUUAAGCUUGAAAGGUUGGAUUUUAAUUGCAACAGAUGUUGCAAAAGAAUCCAAACAAUAUUUCGAAGCUGCUUUGAAACUCGAUGGUACUUUUCCCGAUGCCGCGUUUGGUUAUGCCAAGUAUCGUGAAAUUCGAUCGAACUUUUCUCAAGCACUGGAAUAUGUUAAUCGAGUGUUAGCAGUCAGGAGUGAUUAUUUGCCAGCAGUGUUAGAAAACAUGAAGCUGCAACUAUGUAUGCAAGAUUGGGAACAAUGUGAAGACGUUGCUCAAAGAGCAUUUCGGAUUGAUUCCAAUUGUGUCGAAGCACACGAAUAUCAUUACUUGUAUUUAGUAUGUAAAGAAGGCAAUUAUAGUGAUGCUCAACAAGCAUUCAAUCAACUAGUACAAGCAAUUGAUAUAUCUGAACCAAAAGGUGCUUGGCAAUAUUAUGAAAUGUCUCAAGUCGUCGCUAGAGUAUGUGGACGAAACCCGCAAAUUCUUCAACAUAGUCAUGAACUGCUUCAACAUGCUCUCGAACUCGAUCCAUCAAAUACGGAUUAUCUCAUUGAGGGUGGUUACCAGGCACUGAUGGCAGAUAAAAUUAAUGAUGCUAUUAAAUUUUACAAAAAUGCAGCAAAAACACAAUCGGAUAAUCUCGAAGCUGUUUACGGGGUUAUUCACUGUCAAAUACUGGAAGGAAAGUUUGGUGAAGCCAAACAACAGCUUGAGUUUCAAAGUGAAACACAAACGGGAAAUGCUGCUGAGUUGGCACAUCUCAAGGCUCUUCUGGCUAAACAUGAGAAUGUUCUACCAACUGAUCAAAUUGUACAACUAUUUGAUACAGCCGCUGAGCAACAUUUUAAAAAUCUUCGAGGUUUACCACUAGGCAAAAAGUAUCUUCUAUGUUUAAAUCCAGAUUUCAUUCUCGAAAUUAUCCGUGAAUAUAUGAAUAACACUUCAUCGAAGCCUGUUGAACCUGGUCAAGCUCUCGAUUCAUCCCUUCGAAAAACGAGUGCGAUUUUAGAACAAUUGACAAAAGCUGUACCCGGUUUGCUCGAAGGUUUAUUUCUCUUAGCCAAGGUGAAAUAUCUUUGUGGAGAUACUGCUGAAGCUAAAAAUGUCCUUCGUCGAAUUAUUGAUCAAGAAGCCACUUAUUCCGAUGCAUAUAUUCUUCUAGCGCAAGUUUAUACACGUGAAGGAAAUAUUCACUCAGCAUACGAUGCUUUAGAAAAUGGUUUAUCGUACAAUUUCGAAUUGAAAAGUCAUCCAAUUUAUCAUUUAAUCCGCGCACGUAUUCUUAAAAAAGAACAGAAAUAUGAAGAAGCUUGUAAAUUGUUACAAAGUGCAUUGAGUCUAACCGGAAUGAAAAAACGUAAAGAACCUGAAACAGCCCGAACGCCCCGAAUGAAAUCGGACGCGAAUGCGUCGAGUGUACAAAUUUCCACUCAAGAUCGUGUUAGUGUCUAUCUUGAACUAGCAGAAAUACAGCUCCUACUCAAUCGUGUACAUGAAGCGAGCAUUCUUUUACAAGAAGCGUCGGCCGAAUUUCAAGGUACCAGUGAAGAAUCGAGAAUAUUACUAACAAAUGUGGAUUUGGCUUUGAAACGUGGUGAUAUCAACCAAGCUAUCGAUACUCUAAUGCAAAUAAAAUCUGAUCAGUCCUGCUAUGUACAAGCACGAGAGAAACUGGCAGAAAUUUAUUUAAAACAUCGUAGAGAUAAGAAGUUAUACAUAAAAACUUACAAGGAAUUAGUAGAACGAGAUCCAACACCGCAAGCGCUAGUCAUUCUCGGAGAUGCGUAUAUGAGCAUUAUGGAGCCGGACAAAGCCAUUGAAGUUUAUGAUGCUGCACUUCGUCAGAAUAAUCGUGAUGUCACAUUAAUGAAGAAAAUUGGCGAAGCUUACAUUAAAACUCAUGCAUAUACAAAAGCGAUUAAAUAUUACGAAGCGAUCGUGAAAGCUGAACCUCAAAGUGAAUUGAGAAUCAAUCUUGCUGAUCUUCUCAGUAAAUUAAAUCAAAUUGAACUUGCACAAAGAAUUCUCGAUCAACUGCUGAAAGAAGAAGUUCCCAACUCGAAUUUUCAACAUGCACAACAAGUAACUAAAGCCUAUGAAAUCUAUGCGAACAUCUACGAACAAGUGAAACAAUUCGAAGAGGCUAAACAGUAUUUAAUCAAAGCUAAAGACAACCAAAAGAAAUUACUCAAACGAAUUCAACUGGAAGAAGGCGAACUUCAGAAAGAAAAUCAAAAAUUGUACUGCAACAUAUGUUAUCGAUUGGCAAUGAUGUAUUUCGAUGAACAUAAUUACGAAUCGGCAAUCAAAGAUUUGAAAGAAGCUAGUGCGAUUGAUGAUCGAAAUUUAAAAGUACAAAUGAUGUUAGCAAAAGCAUAUCUCAAUUCAGAACAAUAUGAUCUAUGUGAACAAAUCUGUAAUUAUAUGAACAAAUCGUUUCCGAAUGAUAAUUCAGUACAAAUUAUGAUGGCGAAUUAUUUAUUACGGAAGAACGAAAUUGAAAAAGCAAUUCAACAGUACAAAGAUAUUAUCGAACGCAAUCCAAAUAAUUUCGAUCCGUUCGUGCAAAUGACCAAAUCAUUGUAUCGCGCUGGACGUAUAGAUGAAAUUAGUGAAAUCUUAGAAAAAACCGAAAAGAAUAAUUUACGAGCAUUUAAUGACGCAGCGUUCAACUUUGCAAAAGGCUUACUAUCUUAUUAUUCGUGUAAACCAAGUGAAGCUUUGUCCUGUUUCAAUAAAUGUCGUCGUGACAAACAAUAUGGCCGACAAGCUGUUUAUGCCAUGGUUAAAAUUGUCUUAAACCCAGACAAUGAAGUCAUAGCCAGUGAAGAGGAUUGGAAAAGAAGAUUACAUGGCUCUCGAUCAGAUGAAGCAAAAAGUGCACAAGCAACAGCAUUCAAUCUUUUACAAAGUAUGGGUGAAGCAUCGAAUGAUGUCCGAUAUCGUGUAUUUGAGAAUUGGUGUUUGGCUCAUACAAAUGAAAAGCAUAGUCUUCAGCAAGCAGCUGACAAUUUAAUACAGAUUCUCAAUGAUCAUAAAGACAAUAUUGGUGCAUUAUGUGCGAUAAGCGAAUGUUAUAUCGGAUUGAAAGAUGUUCAAAAGGCACGACAAUAUCUGAAAAGAACGGCGAAGAUGACUUGGAAUAUGGAUGAUGCUGAUGAGAUCGAACAAUGUUGGCUCAUGCUUGCCAUGACUUAUGUACAAACAGCAAAAUAUGAUCAAGCACUUGAACUAUGUAAAAAAGUGUUGAGUGUUAAUAAGUGUUCAACACGAGCAUUGGAAACAUUAGGAGUGAUGAAUGAACAAACAGGCGCCAACAAAGACGCUGCAGAGAAUUACGAACAAGCAUGGAAAUACAGUCGAAAAAAUCAACCGACAAUAGGUUACAAACUUGCAUUGAGCUAUCUUAAGUCCAAACGAUUGACGGAUGCUAUCGAUAUCGCACAUUUUAUUCUUCAACGAUAUCCAGACCACACACGUGUUCGAAAAGAUAUUCUUGAAAAAGCACGUCUAGCUCUCAAAUAA